GAGCCGUGUUUAGUCGCAACGUGAGGUUGUUUACUAUUUUCUGUCACCCGUCUCGGGUAGAAAAACAGAUGUACACCCUCUAACAGACAGUCACUCAUUUGAAAUUAAACAGUCUGCUCAACGGAAGAAAUGGGGAAGCCAAAGAAAACGAGUGACCUCAGCCGAGCUGAGCUGAUGAUGAUGACCAUUGCUGAUGUCAUCAAGCAGCUGGUUGAAGCUCAUGAGGAGGGAAAAGACAUCAAUCUCAACAAAGUGAAGACGAAGACUUCAGCUAAAUACGGACUUGAAGCCCAGCCUCGUUUGGUGGACAUCAUCGCUGCCGUUCCGCCACAGUACCGUCGUGUUCUGGUGCCUAAACUAAAGGCCAAACCGAUCCGCACAGCCAGCGGGAUCGCAGUGGUGGCUGUGAUGUGCAAACCUCAUCGAUGUCCACACAUCACCUUCACAGGCAACAUCUGUGUAUACUGUCCUGGAGGGCCAGACUCAGACUUUGAAUACUCCACACAGUCUUACACUGGCUAUGAGCCAACUUCCAUGAGAGCCAUCCGAGCACGAUAUGACCCCUACCUUCAGACCAGACAUCGGGUGGAGCAGCUGAAGCAGCUCGGUCACAGCGUGGACAAGGUGGAGUUCAUUGUGAUGGGCGGGACCUUCAUGGCUCUGUCCGCUGAAUACAGAGACUACUUCAUCAGGAACCUACACGACGCUUUGUCUGGACACACCUCCAAUAACGUGGCGGAGGCCGUCAGGUACUCUGAGCGCAGCAACACCAAGUGUGUGGGAAUCACCAUUGAGACGCGGCCUGACUACUGCCUGAAGCGACACCUCAGCGACAUGCUGGGCUACGGCUGCACCCGACUGGAGAUAGGAGUCCAGAGUGUGUAUGAAGAUGUGGCCCGCGACACCAACAGGGGCCACACAGUGCGAGCCGUGUGUGAGUCUUUCCACUUGGCAAAAGACGCCGGCUUCAAAGUGGUGGCGCACAUGAUGCCAGACCUGCCCAACGUCGGCAUGGAGAGGGAUGUGGAGCAGUUUAUUGAGUUUUUUGAGAAUCCAGCGUUCAGGCCCGAUGGUUUGAAGCUGUACCCAACUCUGGUGAUCCGGGGUACAGGUCUGUAUGAGCUGUGGAAGACGGGUCGGUACAAGAGCUACACACCCAGCGCCCUGGUGGACCUGGUAGCUCGAAUCCUGGCACUGGUGCCUCCUUGGACACGAGUAUACCGGGUGCAGAGGGACAUCCCCAUGCCACUGGUGAGCUCCGGAGUAGAGCACGGCAACCUGAGAGAGUUGGCUCUGGCCAGGAUGAAGGACAUGGGCACUGAGUGUCGAGACGUGAGAACCAGAGAAGUGGGUAUUCAGGAGAUCCACCAUAAAGUCAGACCUUACCAGGUGGAGCUGGUGCGGAGGGACUACGUGGCCAACGGCGGCUGGGAGACCUUCCUCUCCUACGAAGAUCCGAAGCAGGACAUCCUGAUCGGCCUGCUGCGUCUGCGCCGCUGCUCCCCUCAGUCCUUCCGUCCGGAGCUGAAAGGGAGCGUGUCCAUCGUCCGCGAGCUGCACGUGUACGGCAGCGUGGUCCCGGUCAGCAGCCGAGACCCCAGCAAGUUCCAACAUCAGGGCUUUGGUAUGAUGCUGAUGGAGGAGGCUGAGAGAAUUGCCAGAGAUGAACACGGCUCCAGCAAAUUGGCCGUUAUCUCAGGUGUAGGAACCAGGAACUACUACAGGAAGAUGGGCUAUGAGUUGGAGGGUCCAUAUAUGGUGAAGGACCUGUAUGGACCCGACAUGAACUGAACCUGGACGAUGAUUUUAUUUAUCAAGACAUUAUUCUUUGGACAUGAUUCCUGUGGCAUUUGGAGUGAAACUUCAGAGGAAGAGAUAUCGGUUGGGUUCUUGCAUCUGCUUUUUUUAUCUGGAACACGGCAAGACCAUCCGCCGCUUUAUUUUAGAUAUGGAGAAGGUGUUAAGGAGUUAAGACAUUUGAGAUGAGGCCACAGUGUUUGAGAUGCAUACAGUCUAUACUGCUACGACAGAUUGUGACAUUUUAAAAAGUUCAAUUUUAAUCCUCCUCAUCUGUUUUCUUUAACAGAUACUAAACAAGACACACACAAACAACGGGCAUGAUGGUAUUUUAAGUUUUCCACACUGAAACAAAUAGUGCCUUUCACAUGAACUGCUUCGGAAGGCAGUACGUCUUCUGUUUAAGACGAGAGGAGAGCGGUGCUGCCAAGGCAUUUUAAAUUCUACUCAUAUGUUUCAUGUGUCUGGUGAAGAAAAAUCUGAAUGUCAAGGUAUCCAUUCUAUAAUUUUUGUGUAAUUCGUCUAGGAUGAGGAACCUGUUUAGCAUUGCGGUUUAGUUAAUCAUGUUUAUGUUGCAGUUAAAUAGAAAACCCAUUAUGAGUCAGGCGUUCAUUAAGGGUUGGCAGUGGAUGAAUGCACAGUGAGAAAUGUCCUUACUGGGCAGCCGUUGUGUAAUUGCACAAUUUUGAUUUAUAGGGCAGGAAAUUGAAUAUUAGUGUUACAUAAAUUGCUUUUUAAAGCCCCUCAGUUAAUCCUAUUUCUUGUUUUUCUGUCAUGCGGUACAUGUAUUCUGUUAGUAUCCAGAUGUUCAACCAACAUCACACAUCGCAUUCUCUCAAAGAAUAAAGUAUAUUUCAGUUA